UUCAGUUUCCUUCGAACUUUCGCCGCGGAUGGAUCGUUCUUGGUGGGUGUGUUGUACCGAUGGUUUCUCCCAACUGACAACCGAGUGUUUCGUUCGCACGCCCUGACCAUAGUCACGCCGUAAUGGUUUACAGUUACAGCGACUACACGAACACUGUGGAUACUACCGCUGGAGGAUUACCAAAGCUUGGAUUACCCCAUCACAUCAUAGAAUGCUAACCGGUAUCGAAUAAACCACCGGGAAUAAAUAAACCGUCGAUUAAGCACAGUGUAUUACAAUUUAGAAAAUUAUUUCCGUUUCCGUUAUGACCUGCCCGGAAUCAAUUGAAACGUGAUUGUGCUUGCGAAAUGUGUGCAACUAAAGUGUGUUGUUCAUUCGAGUGCAAUUUGAAGAAAAAGUGUGUCAUUUUUAGUUUGUUCUUGCUUUCAUUAUCAGUUGUGUAAUUGAAAUCAAAAGCUAAAAGGUCUCCAAAGUGCUUCCCAUCCCCGAGUGACCAAGUGUGGCAAGUGCAUCAGUGUGCAGUUUACACACAGCAAAAGCGUGUAGCUUGUAUGAGUGAUAAUCGCCGAACCGUACCGUAACGACCACCUUCGCGCCCCUCCCUUGCGUACAGGAAGUGAGUCUUAAAACGGGGCGGAAACUUUUAGCCAGCCCAAUCCAUUUCCAGCCACCCAAAAGAGCACCGGUGUGAUAGGAAAGUGUUGUAGCAAGAGCUGUGCUAGAGAGUCCUGCCAGAGUCUUAUGCCGCCCUGCAACGAUGCCAAACUACUGGAACGUGCUUAAGCUAGUUCGGCUAAUGGAAUGGAACGGUCGUAUUUAAAGUUUUGCUAUGGACAACCGUUCCGUUGCUGGCCUUUCCGUCGCAGAUACGCAGGGUGAACUUCCGUCAAAUGGUUGCAGCACCAGCAGCAGGCGUACCUGAGGCAGUUUAGCAGCGUUCCGCCACUGUCCGAUGCAAACGAAACUUUUCCUAAGACACCAUUACCCGCGGCGGAAGCUUCAUGUUUAGUAGUGUUCCGAUUUUCCCCUCACCGGUUACCUCUACACCGCCCACAUCGCGUCUGUCACCAUGCCACGCAACGGACCGAGAGCGCCGGAACGGAGAAUGAGACAACCGAACGCAGUUUAACGCAAAACAGACCAGAACACUCGUUCCACGUGAGGGAAAAGCGGAACAACAGGGCGACUCCCUCCCCCAUUUGUACGCACCGAAGUGCCUCGAGGGUUAAGGAUCGUCCAAACUGUUUCCACAGCAGCCACUCCACACGCACACACACAACCACACCGGCGAGCGCACGCACAAACUCACCUCUGCUGCACGCCCAUAAAUGUGCGGACAAACGUGACGUAUGGCUAUGUACUACUAUGCUAGCAAGCUAUCAGCAGUCGCAUGCGGUACUCGCUGCCGGCAAGGAUUAGCACGCCGCCAGCGGACCAAUCGCACCAACCGGCAGGGUGGCAAGAAGGACGACGAUGAAGACUCCGACGAUAAUAGCAAAGAUAAAAAGGCACCACUCUCGAGCUUCUUCUGCGAAAGCACCAACGAUACUAUUGUGAUAUCGGUGAAGUCGUCCGAGCAACCGGAAGUGUGCUGCGAAAGUACGCCAACCCUUGCGCACACCCAGGGAAGUCUCGGUACCGGCGGGGUAAUGUACGGUAACGGAACCAUUGUUUCCGGUCCGCUGGAAUCGCUAAUAGAUUUACUGAUGCCCGGCAACGUGGAAGAAUUCGAUCAGGACUACGUCUUUUCAUUUCUGCUGUCGGCCAGAUUUUUCAUCCGCUCGUACGAGCUGCUCGGGAAGCUGCUGGAAUCGAUCCCGGAACCGGAACCGCUCGAGCGCAUCGUGCCCCUGCUCGGCGUCUGGACGCGUAUGUUCCCGUACGAUUUUCGCGACGAGCGCAUGAUGAAUCACGUCAAACAUAUCGUAGCUAGAUGUGCGGACACCAAGCUUGCUAACGUGGUGCCCCAACUACUGUGUGCCUUGCUGGCUCGACUUACCGAGCUGGAAAACCACGAGGAAGAGCUCAGAAGCUAUCAAUCAACCGUAGACAAUAAGACUGAAUCGAUCAGCUGGCCGACGGCUACGCAGCUGGCUCAGCUACUGUGCCGCAUCGAGCGAAACCUCGCCAAACACGUCGGCCCGGAAGAGUUUGUGCAAUGCAGUCCCAACCUGCUGAAAGACCCGAACCGGGAGGACUUUACACCGAAGCUAGCGUCCAGUGGUGCAGCGGGCGGUGGCAGUUCCGGCACAGGUCACGCAACCUCGCUGGAUGGUAAGAAAACGUGCAACCUGGAAAGCUACCUAGAAUGGUCCGCCCGAUUGCGGUUGCUGGUUGCGAACGAGAUACUGAAGUGUCGAAAUAUUCAGGAUCGCAACAAGCAGUUCGAGCUGUGGAGUGGUGCCGCCCAGUACUGCCUGCUCGUGGGGAACUACAAUAGCGCGACGGCCAUCCUAGAAUCGUUUGAUCUUCCACCCGUCGCCCGGCUGCAGGUCACGUGGAGCAAAUUGUCAUCGACAACGAGCCAACAGCUUGACUGCAUGCAGCGUCAUGCCGAGGGUUGCGGUAGCCUCUGGAGCAAACAGACGGAGCAGCACGGAAACGGAAACACUGAUGGGCGCCGCUCUGUACUGCAACCGACGUUAGCGAACGGAUCACCCAAACCAUCGACAUCGGCCAGCUCAGCAACGGUCUCGACCGGCAGCGGGGUGACCAGAUCAACGUCCAACGAAUGGGUCGUGAUUCCGGUUUUUGUCGACAUCAUCAAGCUUGCACUGAAGGCACGAGAGGACUGCUGCGUAAGACUGCCGAAUGGUCACAUAAACAUGACAGCGUUCGAUCGAUUGGCGGCCAUCGUCGGAGCUUUUACCAGGCACAUGAUUCAGGUCAAUCAAACGCUACCGGAUGUUGGACAGUACGCGACACUCUGCCAGUUCAUGCAGAGCUGCAAGCUUCUCAACGAAACAGAGCUUAUGCUGGCAUCGUUCGAAUGUGAAGCACCGACACCAGCCGAGAAGGAAUUGUACGACGUUGCAUAGCAUUUGCUGCUGGUGCUGGUGCUGCUAGUGCUGCUGCUCAUCUUCCAACACCGAUGGACCACACGUUCCAGCAGGGAAGGAGUACGAACUGCUACAGUGUUGGUGUGCCGGCCGAGCGAAUAUGAUUGUGCCACCGGAAAACCCAUUCGCUGCAAGUGGAUUGAAAUUCGAUUGCAAACGGUUCGGAAAUCGGGUGCAUCAACUGGUGCGGCAAUUGCAUCGAAUACUCACUUCCGCACAAAAGAGGACAACUCGUCGUUAUAGGUGCCCGGGCUCCGGGUAGCCAUAGCACCGCCGUGCAUGAUUUCUCAGUGUAUCAUACAUCAGGUUAGGUUUAUUAGAGCUCCGCUCCAGCUUUCCUUCUGUUUUUCAUCGCGCCCAAGAAGCGUGCGGUCGAGCCAACACACAAAGGGAAAUAAAAUUUUAUUUCCAAUUACCCAUAAAACAAAAUCUUUCCCUGGAUGAGGGCAAAAAACCAGGCUCCGGAAGCGGAAGUGUGUAGAAAAGAAAAAGAAUCGCACCGAAAGAUACAGUGGCAGAUCCCCGGGCAUAGGGGAGAUAGACUGGGGGACAUAAAAAAGUGUAGAACAGAUCGAACAGCGAGAAGGAAAGUGAUAAACGGAUGAACGGUUAUUUCCAAGCCAGUGAAACGGAUGAUUGUCUUCGGGAGUGUGAGAAAAAAUAUGUUAUCCGACAACGAUCCCCGAUCGAACGGGCAACAGCACAGCAGCAAGCGAUGGAGAGAAUGUGUUCCAUUGCCACAUAGCCACACUCCCGCUUUCCCUGGCCAAUCGCGACGAUCGUUGAUUUUACUCGCAGUUGUUAUUUUUUUAGUCCAUCAUUACAUAGUUUAUUGUAGCAGUCCAGCUGGAAGAAAGCAGGUUUUAUCAUUUCGAUCGUUCUGCCGUGUUCGAUUUAUAUCGGUACCGUACCGAGAGCUGCAGUUCCGAAGUGCAAUGAGUGGCACGGAAGUGUUGGUAAGGGUCGCGUCGCGUUUCGCACUGUACACCAGUUGACUAACGAUGUCAACGACGAUGAAGCAGAUGAGCAGGAAAAAAAUGGCAAUGAUUAAAGAAAAUUUAUCGUUUUAUCGAAAAACACUCACCCGUAAGUCCACAAAUCGUUUAAUUGGUACUCCUGGCCACUGGGCAGCAUUAUCCGUAAUUAUGUGCACCGGAUGUGUGUUCACUGUUAAUGGGCACAACGGUCAUGCUGGCCGGUCAGCAUAGUAAGGAUUCGAUGGUAAGUUUAAUGAAAAUUCAAUUCAUAAUCUGCGAUAUUUACUGACAGCGAGGGCGUAUGAAGAAUCC